AUGGCUUCGAUCGUGGAGUCUCCCUCACGAGCGAGAAACGCUUUUCUCGAUAGGUACAUUACGACGUUAAAAGAUGAUGGGCGCAGCGUCCUUAAGCCAGUAUCACCUUCGCGGAUAAACAAAACACCCCAAAGUAGGGAAAUUAAGCAGUUUUCUCGUUUGGAUGAUAAUGAUGUAUUAUUCGACGAGAAUGCUCUAAGAGAAAGCACCUCUAGGAAGUCGCAGAAAGCCUCAAAACUGGAAUUUUUGGCGCUAUCACCUCAAAAGACCUCAAUUGGCCCCUCUGAGUACUCAAAUGACCAGAUUUCUUCGAUUUCGGCCUCAAAUUCUGGCCAUGUCUUCGACGUGAAAAGCUUAUCAAGCCGCGAUGCCAAAUACUAUGAAUUCAUGUGUCGCGUAGCUGAGGCGAAGGAUUGGAUUGAAUGCAUCAUUAAAGAGGAGACUGCCUCCGUGGCAGACUUGGCGAGCGGCGCAGUCAUGAGAGAUGGAGUUUUUCUUGCCAAACUUACACAGGCUAUCAACCCGAGUCUUGUAAAAAAGAUCGUGGGGCCCAGCAAAACAUUGAACUACACGCACACGCAAAAUAUCAAUGCAUUCUUUACACUUGUUGAAUCUGCCGGAGUACCCGAGCUAUUUCGCUUCGAACUCACCGAUCUCUAUGACAGGAAGGAUAUCCCCAAGGUUUUUGAAACUAUCCAUGCGUUGGCCAACAUUAUAAGCAAAAAAUGGCCCGGGCAGGCUCCUGAAAUUAAAAAUCUAUCUGGUAGAAUCACUUUCGGUCAGGAUGAGUUGAAAGCUUGCCAACGCAGAUAUCCCACUAUUCACAAUUUUAGAUCUUUCAAGGCGACAAAUUCAGUGAUUAAUGUUUCCCCAAACAGGAACGGAUCAAAGGGCUUAAUAACGGAUUUUUCAUCUCCUGCUUCUUUCGAUAAAUCACCUCAGAGAAGCCCCCGGGUUAACAAGGAGGUUAAACGUAUUAGUGAUGACCCUGCCUCGGUUGAUGGAGUCGAUUUGCCGGUAACGCCAACAACGCCUACUCCGCAUAGAGAGAAGCAGCUUGAUUUCCAACUUCCUAAAGAGGGCCAUCUUGGACAACUUCAGGCUUCGUCCGAAAAUGCGUUUUCCCGGAAUUUGCAGGAUACCGCACCUAGUUUGACUUAUAGUGGGUCGUUCAGUCCUGAAAAGUCUUUGCUUUAUUAUUCCCCUACAAUUUCCCGGCAUUUAUCAUAUGAUACCGGCAAUUGGGCUUCUAAAGGAUCGGCCAUUGACUUUUAUGACACAGCAACAUAUUCUAAACCAUUCUAUUCACCAACACGCCAAAAGAGAAUGAAUGAGCUAGAGUUUUUAGAUAUGAUCAACUGUAUCCAAGCCAUUUGCAGGGGUGUUAAUCUGCGCUUCAACCUCUUAAUGAGGAAAAGAAAGUUUGAAAUAGUGAGUGAAACUGUGCAGCGCAUACAAGCAAGCGCCAGAGGGAUGUUAACGAGAAAAUCUUUCGGGGGCCGAAUCAAAAUUUCGACGCAAGAGGAUGUUUGUACAAAUAUCAUGAAUUUUCAGGCAAUCAUGAGGGGAAAAUGCCAAAGAGACAAAUUUUAUGAGAUCCGAUUUAAUCUCGUUAAAUUCGAGAGCGCUCUUUUAAGAUUUCAGAAUAGAUGCUGUUGUGCUGCCAGAAGAAAGAAAUAUGCCAGGUUAUCGGAAGGUAUAGGUUUUACCAGACAACCACUAGCAUAUUUUCAAAGUAUCUUGAAGGGAAAGGCUAUGAGACUAAAAUUAGCGGCAAAGCUAAAUCCUCGGUCAGAAGAUAGGCACGGCGUGGUCAAGUUUCAAAGCUUUGUAAGAGGAAUAGAGUUACGCAAGAGCAAAAACACAUCAAUGCUCGAGCUUCACGCAGAAUUUUCUGUUCUCGUCCAAUUCCAAGCGCUUAUAAAGGGCUUUUCGAAGAGGCGUCAUUUGGCUACGAUCAAAUCUGGUUUAGGGCGUGAGUUCACGAAUUUACAAUUAUUCGUUUGCGUCCUCAAGGCUCGCCAGGAGCGGUUGCGUAUUAGUCAAGUUACCAGGUCUGUAAAAGCCAAGGAAGAUCCUAUUUCUUAUCUUCAAGCGAACAUAAAGGGAGUUUUAGCUCGAUACGCGUUAGAGCUGAUUGAUGGAUUCGUGGAAUACCAUUCCCACAACGAAAUAAUAUCUACAAUCAGAGGGGCUCUCGUGAGAGCACGUCUACGAAAAAUGAACUUGUACUACGUUCAACAUACGAAGUCAAUCAUCAAACUUCAAAGCAAAAUUAGGGCCUGUCGGCUCAGGUGGGCGUACUUGGAAUUCAUGUCCUCCGGCAACCCCAGUUUAUGGUCAGUCAAAAGGUUUGCUCACCUCUUGAACCAAAUCUAUACCUCGCAUGAGAGCCAAAGUGACUUAGAAGAGCUCAAGUCCAUGAUAGAUCUCAAGAAUAAAGAAAAAGGGAAACUUGAAGCUCAUUUACAGCGGCUAAAUGCUAAGCGGUUAAUCUUAGCUCAAAACAGAAUAUUAGUGAAUACAACUUCAACUGGACCAGAUUUCGAUAUCAUGCUGGCGAACGUCGAAUCUACUUUUCCCUUCUAUGGAAAAAUUUUCUACCUACUGCAAGCCGAUUCAUUUUACUGGAAAUUACUAUUCCAAAUUGACAGAUCUUUCUCAAUGAAAUAUGUUUCGAAAUCCUUCAGCUGGGUUAAUGGUCGAAUGAACAGGCGGGAACAAGUCUUCUUCGUCAAGCUCGUGGCGGAUAUCAUGGAUUCAGAAAUUGAGAAAGUUGCUGAGGUGACAGCCGUCAUAGGAGAUAGUGAACCGACGACACAUUGCUACUCAGAGUUACUCGGGUUCUAUGCUUCGCAUCAAAUUCCUGACUUACUUCUCGGCAUCAUUCAACCCGCCUUAGAAUAUCUCGAUAACCCACACGUUUCUUUCGAAUUCAUUCCCUCUGAGAUUUAUAAGGAAAUGAGCUCUGAACAUCUCAGCAUAUCAUCUAGCGAGGCAAUCGGAAUUCCGGAGGUCAAAGAAAUUUUCAUCAAAAACCUGAUGGAUAUCUGGGCAUCCCUAGAACUCAUCAAGGAGGGCAUCGAAAGGCUAAUUUCAAAACCACCUGAUGAUCUCAAGUACUUAUGCACAAAGGCCUACCAUUGCGUGGCAGACCGCAGCUCCUCCGAAGAAGAUGCACUUUUGGCAAUAUCGCACAUUCUCAUUGAUACAUUUGUGGCUCGCAGUUUGAAAGAUACUGCUAAAUUUGGUUUAAAGCUCAACUCGCCAGAUGGGGAGAAAAAACUGUCAACGCUGGCCUUCGUUGUAAAAAGGGUUUUCUCCUUCCAAAUCUUCGAAGGGUAUUUAUCUCCUCUAAAUCAAUACUCCGAGCAGAUACGACCAGACAUCGUAAUGAUUCACAGAAGCAUGUUAACAUCGCCUGUUUUCGAGAGCAAUCGUGAUAAGCUCCUAUAUUACGACAUGUAUCAGGACAAGAGACCUACAUUGAGUAUAUCCAGGCAAUACAUCCUAGAUAUUACGACAAUGUUGGAGAGGAAUGCGGCUAGCUUUCCUCAUGAUGACCCCCUUCAUGCCCUGCUAAAAGGAAUAAGAGAUAAUGGUGAGUUACGCGCAAUGCAGGCAUAUCACCAAAACUUAUUACUUCUUAAUCUCGAUUCAACUGCGUUAGCCCUAUCUUCAAGUGACCAAAGAUUAUGCUCAAUCUACAAUGAAAUAAAGCGGGGACUUACUUACAUGAUGCAAGUCGAAGACGUUGACACAAACCUGUAUGACUUAUUGACUGGAAGUGUUUUAGAAAAGGAUGAACCAGUCUUCCAGAAACUAUUAAAGGCGUCUCCCGCUAUUAAGCGCGAUCCGCUGAUGAAAGAGCUCAAAGAGCUAUCUUAUUUUGCUCUCAAAGAGCAUGUUCUUGAAAGAACUUGUGAAUUCAAAAGGAUGAACGAUAUGCCGGCCAACGAUUCACUUCAAGGGGUUCUCAAUGACAUUGCCAAUACUAUCAAAUCGAGAGAUUUUGUUAAAAAUAAUGUGACGGUCGAGGUCCAAAUAGCGAACAAAACAUUAGAAGAAAUCGGGAUUAGUUGUUCAAAGCUUCAAAAAACCUCAAAGGCUCUAGAAGGAUCAAUCAGGCAAGCCAUCCAAAAUGCUCAAAGGGGAAGCAAUUUUGAGGCACCACGAAAGCAUGGUUUUGGCAACAAAUUGAAAAGUGCAUAUAAAAAAGUGCAAACCAAAUCUUCAAAAUCUUCAAGUGGACUUUCGUUUCAGUACACUGCGCGCCAGCUUUAUGAACAUGGCGCUUUACUUAAAAUUGAUGAUGAAAAGCUUGGUAAGGCGGCUGUAGCCUUUUUUGGAUCAAGCGGUCCAAAAUUCCCAGACAUCCAGUUUAAAAUUUCCACAUCGGACGGGGAAACCUUCAGCGUCGAAAUGACUGAUCAAAGGAAAUCUGGAAAUAAGUUAAGUAUCACGAAGAUGGAUACUAUAGCCCUUACAAAGUUACUGGAUCUUGCAACUGAUGGAAAGCAAUCUCAUGUCAACCUCAUUGCCAAAAAAAUCACUCUAGAUGCCAGCAAGUUCCUGGGGCUCUUGACGGAAACUUUUUUUAAACGUUUAAACGCAAGUAGAUGA